UUUAGAUUUGUUGGGUUUCUUUGUUUCUUCUUCUGUUUUUAUUAUUAUAUAUAGACACUAAAUAGAGUUGUAACUAUAUAAAAAUGAAUUCUGGAAAGAUCUUUGGAUCCGAUGAGGAUUCUCGCAGCUGUGAAUCUGGAUGGACAACGUAUUUAGUCUCACCCCAUGAUCAUGACUAUGGUAAUUACUCUGAUGAUGGAGAUAGCAGUGGUGGUGAUUCAAUGGAUUCUGAUGCAUCUUCUGGUCCAGUGAAACAAAUACCAUGUCUCAAGCUUCCUCAAGAGACUACGGAGCCAAACUGUUUGAAGAAAAAGAAGAAGAAGGCUAAUGAAGAGAAGGUUUUGGUGGAGACUAGGGUUCACAACGACAAUGAUGAUGAUGGAGACAACCAUGAUUAUGAUGAUGGAGACAACCAUGAUUAUGAUGAUGGUGACAAUCAUAAUUAUGAUGCUGGUAAUGAUAGUCACAGCGCAGUUCAUAGUUACGUUGGUUCGGUUAGACAAGACGGCUAACUUUGAUUUUAUGUUUUUGUUAAAUUAAUAAUAUGUUCCUGUUAUGUUAUGUCGUUG